AUGCUCGUGUUGUGUCGGGUGUGUCAGCGAUGGUCAACACUGUGUGGCGAAUGUGAUGUCCGGAUGACAGUGUUGGGUCUGUUGUCACUCGUGGUGUGUUGGGUCAUAACGUCGGUCUAUUUGGGCAUUUCGGUGGCCGGCAGUGACUUCUGUGUGGAUCCGCAGCCAUUCAUUAGCCAACAGUUGAAUAACGCCAUCGAGGAGUCGGUGUUCGACUAUUACGUGGGCUGUAAUACCAACAGUCCGUUCGCGAAGCAGACCGAAGAGACGGCACAUAUACUCGAAUGGAUCAAUCGGCACAACCAGGAGUUGUCGCGUAUGUGUCGCCAGAAGUGCAGCGGCCGUGAGAUCACCGAUAAGUUGAAGACAAUGAGCGCCGACUCGACCCGAAUAAAGGAGCGGUUCGACAGUCUGUUGCAGGCGUUGGACUGCAAGCGCUUUAACGCCGAUUACAUCGCAAUGAUGACCGCCUCCUGCAAAGAGGUUCUCGAGGGAGUCGUUCUGAUGCUGAUGUCGUCGUCGGCCGCCGGCCUAUGCUUUACGCUCUUAGUGUUGUGCGCUUCGCACACGUGGAUCAAUAUCAGGAAGAAGAGGCCGUUGAGCGCCGAACACACCGAAGAGACGGAUCCGUUCCUCCCGCCCGCGUCUUCCACGUCGACCACUUCGUCGGCCAAUUCCAAGCGUAUCCGCGACUCGUAUGGCAGCGCCAAUAGUAUGAGACCGAGAUUCAGUCACACACCCCCACAGACACCUCAUUUCCCGCCCCCGACGUCGACCCCUCCGGCCAACGGGCGUUCCAUCGGUCGCGACGAUCAGCUGUCGUUCUUAAGCCCUCCGCCCGCAUACGAACAGGUCCAUCACAAUCAACUGUCGGCUCACCAGCAAAUGGUUGGCCACCAAAUGGGCGGUCAUCACCCGCAGCAGCAAAUGGGUGGCCAUCCCGGACACCCGCAGAUGAUGCACAGCCAGUUGGGCGGCCAUCCCGGCCACCAACACAGCCAUCAGGCCAUCGGUCCUCACUAUGUUAGCUCCAGAGCCCUGUGCUGUCACUUCUCGUAUGGAAAUAUGCCACACAUAAUGACAGUCACAGUGUGUACAGUGUAUAGUGUACUCCACAAGACAGUGAACAGUACAGUACAGACACUUAUCUUAUGGUUAUAUCGCAGACAUAACUCGUCAUCGCUUUUCAAAGCGGCUGAAAAUGUGGUGACAAAGAGAAAAAACGUCUAUUAA